UUCGACGAGGAUAAAGCGGCGUCAGUAGCAACGCUGUGGCGCCGCUACCAGUUAGAGUAUACAUGGCGAAUCAAUAGCAUGGGUAGGUAAGGGGGAACUGGGAAGGCCCGGGUCUAGAAGAGCCUCGGCGCGCUGCGUUCGUUAGGUCCUACUAAUCUGACAACGUCCAGGCAUAUACCGGUCGUUUAGCGACAUCACUCGAGGAGCGCUGCAGCAUGCCGUGGCCGAGUCGGGCUUGUCGUUGGCGCCGGGUGACGCAGACCAGCUCAUGACGGCGUAUGACUCACUCCACGUCUUCCCCGAGAUCCCAUCUGCUUUGAGGGCCGUGGCGGACAACCAGUCUAUUGAAGCUUACAUCUUCACCAACGGGACCGACGACAUGGCCAAGGCCUCGGUUGAGACAUCGCCCGACUUGGAGCCUUACGCCGGGGUCUUCAAUGGACUCAUCACCGUUGACGGACUAAAGGUGUUCAAGCCGGACAGGCGAGUCUAUGAUGACCUGUCGAGCAAGGUUGGCAAGGAUGGGAGAGUGCGAGAAAUAUGGGUCGUCACUGCGAAUCCCUUCGACGCCAUUGGGGCAAAGGCCGCGGGCCUCGAGUCAGCCUGGGUUGAUCGAGCAGGUAAAGGAUGGAUUGAUCGGCUGGGUGAUGUUAUCGGCGGAAUACAGCCCACUGUGGUUGCGUCUGGCGUUGACCAGGCCAUUAGCGAGAUUGUGAAGCGGUCGUCGUAGAGGCAGUACAUGUACAUGGUAUGCAUUUCAGCCCUACGAGGUGGCGAGGCAUCAGGGAGACCGAGGC